UUCUUUCUUUCUUUUUUUUUUUUUUCCUUUCCAAACUAUGUGCUGCUGAAAAACCAAAAACAAAACCAAACAGCAGCUGCGGACUUGUCCCCGGCUGGAGCCCAGCGCCCCGCCUGGAGUGGAUGAGCCUCUCCAUGAGAGAUCCGGUCAUUCCUGGGACAAGCAUGGCCUACCAUCCGUUCCUACCUCACCGGGCGCCGGACUUCGCCAUGAGCGCGGUGCUGGGUCACCAGCCGCCCUUCUUCCCCGCGCUGACGCUGCCUCCCAACGGCGCGGCGGCGCUCUCUCUGCCGGGCGCCCUGGCCAAGCCGAUCAUGGAUCAAUUGGUGGGGGCGGCCGAGACCGGCAUCCCUUUCUCGUCCCUGGGGCCCCAGGCGCAUCUGAGGCCUCUGAAGACCAUGGAGCCCGAAGAAGAGGUGGAGGAUGACCCCAAGGUGCACCUCGAGGCCAAAGAACUUUGGGAUCAGUUCCACAAGCGGGGCACCGAGAUGGUCAUUACCAAGUCGGGAAGGCGAAUGUUUCCUCCAUUUAAAGUAAGAUGUUCUGGGCUGGAUAAAAAAGCCAAGUAUAUCUUGUUGAUGGACAUUAUAGCUGCUGAUGACUGUCGAUAUAAAUUUCAUAAUUCUCGGUGGAUGGUGGCGGGUAAGGCUGACCCUGAAAUGCCAAAGAGAAUGUACAUUCACCCAGACAGCCCUGCUACCGGGGAACAGUGGAUGUCCAAAGUUGUCACUUUCCACAAACUGAAACUCACCAACAACAUUUCGGACAAACACGGAUUUACUUUGGCCUUCCCAAGUGAUCACGCAACGUGGCAGGGGAAUUAUAGUUUUGGUACUCAGACAAUAUUGAACUCCAUGCACAAAUACCAGCCUCGGUUCCACAUUGUGAGAGCCAAUGACAUCUUGAAACUUCCCUAUAGUACAUUUCGGACUUACUUGUUCCCCGAAACCGAAUUCAUCGCUGUGACGGCAUACCAGAACGAUAAGAUAACUCAGCUAAAAAUAGACAACAACCCUUUUGCAAAAGGUUUCCGGGACACUGGAAAUGGCAGGAGAGAAAAAAGAAAACAGCUCACCCUGCAGUCCAUGAGGGUGUUCGAUGACAGACACAAAAAGGAGAAUGGCACCUCAGAUGAGUCCUCCAGCGAACAGGCAGCCUUCAACUGCUUUGCUCAGUCCUCGUCUCCAGCUGUGUCCACUGUAGGGACGUCGAACCUCAAAGAUCUGUGUCCCAGCGAGGGUGAGAGCGACGCCGAGGCCGACAGCAAAGAGGAGCACGGCCCCGAGGCCUGCGACGCGGCCAAGAUCUCCACCACCACGUCGGAGGAGCCGUGCCGGGACAAGGGCAGCCCCGCGGUCAAGGCGCACCUCUUCGCCGCGGCCGCCGCCGCCGCGCACCUGGGCCAGGGCCCCCUGCCGGGCCUCGGCUUCGCCCCCGGCCUGGCCGGCCAGCAGUUCUUCAACGGGCACCCGCUCUUCCUGCACCCCGGCCAGUUCGCCAUGGGGGGCGCCUUCUCCAGCAUGGCGGCGGGCAUGGGGCCCCUGCUGGCCACCGUGUCCGGGGCCUCCACCGGCGUCUCGGGCCUGGAUUCCACGGCCAUGGCUUCGGCCGCCGCGGCGCAGGGACUGUCGGGGGCGUCGGCGGCCACCCUGCCUUUCCACCUCCAGCAGCACGUCCUGGCCUCUCAGGGCCUGGCCAUGUCGCCCUUCGGAAGCCUGUUCCCUUACCCCUACACGUACAUGGCCGCGGCGGCGGCGGCGUCUUCGGCCGCGGCCUCCAGCUCCGUGCACCGCCACCCCUUCCUCAACCUGAACAGCAUGCGCCCGCGGCUGCGCUACAGCCCGUACUCCAUCCCCAUGCCGGUCCCGGACAGCGGCAGCCUGCUCACCACCGCGCUGCCGUCCAUGGCGGCGGCCGCGGGGCCCCUGGACGGCAAAGCCGCCGCGCUGGCCGCCAGCCCGGCCUCGGUGGCCGUGGACUCAGGCUCGGAACUCAACAGCCGCUCCUCCACGCUCUCCUCCAGCUCUGUGUCCUUGUCGCCCAAACUCUGCCCGGAGAAGGAGGCGGCCACCAGCGAACUGCAGAGCAUCCAGCGGUUGGUCAGCGGCCUGGAAGCCAAGCCGGACAGGUCCCGCAGCGGGUCCCCAUAAACCCCUCCCUAGAAAAAAAAUCUCUUCAUUCCAGUCCAGUCCAGUCCAGUCUGCAGUGCACUUUGUUGGAUGUAAAAUAAACCACGGGCGUGCGGUGGGGUUGGCCCUUUGUGCAGUCCUGUCUGGGAAGGGGUGCCGGACCCCCUCUAGAGAAUAUGCUAGAAACAGGUCCUGUCUUCUUGGCGUGGUUUAUGUAUCCGGGAUCUGGCUCAGAUUCUGGGGCUCAGAAAUGGCUGUUGCAUUGAGCUAUUGGGGUGGGAGUGAAAACAUUUAUGGCCAGAGCACCUCCAGCCAGGCUGGUCUGGGAGCUGUGGGAAGAAAAAGGUAGCCAGGCCCACCAGGAGGGGAGGUGUUGAAAGGCUUCUCCCCCAUUGCAGAUUUAUAUAUUUUUUCCUUCACCGUGUCAAGUAGAAACAAAAACAAAAUUAAAAAAAAAAAAUACUGGGGACAAAUGAAUACAUUAACAUGAUUCUGUUUGUGAAGAUUAAAAACUUUAUAGUGACUUGCAUAUCAGUUCUAAAUAAAUUACUGAGCAGCAUUGUUUGGGGAGGGAAGUCCUUGCCAUCCUUGUUUGGUCUCUAUUAAGGAAAUCUGUGUCUUUUUAAUAUUCUUGUGAUGUUUUAAGAGCCGCUAUAGGUCUCUUCUUGCAUGUUCCACAGUAAUGUAUUUGUGGUUUUUAUUUUGAAUGCUUGCUUUUAGAGAGAAAAGAACAUGACCCCACACCUUUCUCCCCCCCCUUCUCUACCCUCCAGUCGGCAACCCCAAGGGGGAGGUUUUAGAGGGAAAGGGUGGGGAAAACACAAAAAAUGAAUUUAUUUUAUCUAAGCUCUGUAGCAGGAUUUAUGUCCUCCUUUGGCAGUUCUCUCUCUUUCCUGUAUAUGCAAUAACAAGGUUUUAAGAAAAAUAAUAAAGAAGAAGCAAGACUAUUAGACAAAGUAUUUAUGUAAUUAUUUGAUAACCCUUGUAAAUAGGUGGAAUAUGAAUGCUUGGAAAAUUAAACUUUAAUUUAUUGACGUUG